AAGUGCCACGAAUCCAGGGCAGCGGCACAGCUCCGGCUACGGCUCGUCUCACACUGUUCCUCCUCCUUUGAGCAGAGAGUGGCGGAGCGUAGAACCAGGGUCCCAAAAAGAAAAGAAACAAUAUAUAUAUAUAUAUAUACAUUACAUAUAUAUAUAUAUAUACCCUCCUACUGUCUAUUCACACAGAGAACACUGUAUUAACACCCACAAGGAAACAAGGGGGGGCUGUGACAGAGGGGAAAAUCCAGCUCCACGAGCUUCACACAGAUUGGGGUUUACUCCGAAAGAAAAUUGUCCAAAUAUGGAUAUGUAUGAUACCCAGACCUUAGGGUUUAUGGUGUUUGGUGGCUUCAUGGUCAUCUCCGCCAUAGGAAUCUUCUUGGUCUCCACCUUUUCCAUGAAGGAAACUUCCUAUGAAGAAGCACUGGCAAAGCAGAGGAGAGAGCAGGAAAAGGCCCAGCAGGUUAAAUCCGAGAAGAAGAAGAAGGAGAAAUCUGUUGAGAAGAAAGGAAAACCAAAGAAGAAGGAGGAGAAGCCCAAUGGAAGAAUUGUAGAAUCUGAGCCAGUCCAAGAGGCUUCGGAGGCAGAGGCUGAAGUUGAACCUGUUGCUAUUGUGGCGCCAACUAUUGAGGCUCAGGUUGCGGCUGUUUCUUCUCAUCCUACUCCAGAGAUCUCCCCCAGUGUCCAAAGAGAGAAGAAGAAGGAGAAAAAGGUGGCCAAGGUUGAACCUGCCCUCAGUCAGGUUUCAGCCCACCCUCUGGCCACAGGUUCCUCCAAAUCUGCUGCUGCCUCGACUCCUGCACCGAUGCUGGAGAUGGUUACCAAGGAAGUCCCAGUAAUGGCUGUCCCCCCUGUCGGCGCCCAGCAGAGUGCCACUGUCGCUACUACUCCUGCUGCGGGAACCAAAAAGACUGACGCAACUACCAACCAAGAUGAACCAAAGCUAGAUGCCCCAACUAAGAAGAAGGUUGCUCCCAAGAAGAAAUCCGAACCGCCAGCAAUUCCUGCUGACUCCUUGGAUGGCCCAUUGUACAUUCCCUACAAGUCCCUAGUCUCCACUGUCAGCAGCAUGGAUUUUAGUGAGGGUGAGGCCCAGCGACUGAUCGAAAUCCUCAUGGAUAAAGCUGGCAUUGUUCAGGACACCUGGCACACGGCUACUCAGAAAGGUGACCCAGUUGCGGCUUUGAAACGGCAGCUGGAAGAGAAGGAGAAGCAGUUUGUAGCAGAACAAGAGGACUCCAGUGCAGCCAAAAAUAAGCUUCGAGAGCUCAACAAGGAAUUUGGAGCUGAAAAAGCCAAGGCUGCUGCCACCGAGGCUAAACUGAAAGAGCAGCUGUCAGCACGGGGGGAGGAGUUGAACGCCAUGCAGACCCGCAUGCAGGCCAGCUACCAGGACCAUAUAACCGAGUCACAGCAGCUCCAGUCCAAGAUUCGAACCCUCCAGGAACAGCUCGAGAAUGGUCCCAAUGCCCAGAUAGCCCGUCUGCAGCAGGAGAACUCCAUUUUAAGGGAUGCCCUAAACCAGGCUACAAGUCAGACUGAGAGCAAACAAAACGCUGAACUGGCCAAACUGCGCCAGGAGUGCACCAAACUGACCAAGGAGCUGAAUGAGAAAUCCGAGUCCCUCCAGCAAGAUGAGCAGCAGAAGAAGUCUCUGGAGGCAAAGGUUGCCAAGUAUGAGCAGCAGAUAACGCAGCUUCAGUCAAAUAAGCAGGAAACUGAAAGCACAUUGCAGAAGAGGUUGGACGAUGUUAGCGAAGAGCUCCGUAAAUCUCAGAGCAGCCACACCAGCUUGCUGGCUAGCAUAGAGAAGACUAAAGGAGAGCAGCAGGCGACUCAAAGUAGCUUAAACGAUAUUCAGGCCAAGCUGGCUUCCGCAAAUGCAGACCAGAAAAGUAAAACAGAGGAGCUGGACAGCCUUCGGACCAAGCUGAUGGAAGCCAGUUCUGACAAAGCACAGCUGGAAGAAAGAAUUAAGUCAAUAGAGACACUGCUUGAGGCAGACCAGAGCAAAGAGACCGAGAAAGAAGUGGACCAGGCCACCCAAUUUGCAGCAAUAGAGGACCUGGAGAACAGACUGAAGGAAAAAGAUGCUCAGGUUUUUGCCCUGGAACGAGAGCUGCUGCAACUCAGAGAAAUAAGUGAUCAGCAAAAGAACAAAAACAAUGAGCUCCGUGAGAAAAACUGGAAGGCAAUGGAGGCUUUGGCAGCAGCUGAAACAAUGCGUGCAGAGAAAUUGAGUACUACAGAGAAAGCAAAGGAAGAGGCAGAAUGCCAGCUGAAUUCAGUGCAUAUACAAACCAAAGAGAUGCUGCAGCUGCUCUUCCCAGGGAUCCCUGUACCCUCACAACAGCUUUACAGUGAUUGGCUGCAAGAGUUCAAGGAGAAAGCCCUGGAGUCCCUGGAGGAACAAAAAAAAAGCACAGAUAUCUCAGAUGUAGCACUUAAAUUAAAAGAAGCAGAAGAAGCUCAGAGCACUUUACAGGCGGAGUGCGAUCAGUACAGAAUCGUGCUUGCUGAGACGGAAGGCAUGCUGAAGGACCUACAGAAAAGUGUUGAAGAGGAGGAGCACAUAUGGAAAGGAAAGAUAGGAGAGUCUGAAGCAGAACUUCGGAAGGCACAAUCGCAAGUGAAAACAUUAGAGGAGACAGUGGAGAGACUUGAGCUAGAAUCCCAAAACACAGAACAGAUGAAGGAGAUAGUGGCGCAGUUGGAGGCACAGCUGAAACUCCAGCUAGAAUCUGCCCAUACAGAAUGCCAGAAAUACUCAGUAGAAUUGGAAGAGUUGAGAGAUCUGUUAGGAGAAACACAAAACCAGCUCAAAAUGGCUAACUCAGAAGUACGGAAGCAGAGUGAAGAGCUUUCACUGGUGAGGCAGCAUCUGUGUGAAAUGGAGACUCACAUGCACGAUGGAGAGUCAGUUGGGUUGCAGGCCCACCACACUGAGCCAGAGCCAGGCGAGUUUAAGACCCAGCUGGAAGAAAGUGUGAACACAAGAGACUCUGAGCAGGCUCUGAGACAAAAACUGGCAGAAGAAUUUGAAGAGGCUCAGAGGUCUGUAUCACAGCUGCAGGGUGAGCUGGAGAAGGUGCAAGCGGCUGGGGACAGUGCCUCUGAUAGAGAGCACAUUGUCCAAUUUCAGGGAGAAGAGAAGAUGGCGGUGGAGGAGGAUGGUUUGAAGGAGGGAACAUCCGUCUGAAGACGCUACAUUUGCAGUAAACACUACUCAACCUGCCAGAUGCCUUACAGCUAUAAUAGUUCUUUUGCCAUUCCUAAACUGUGCGCUCAGUAUUGUACCGUAGUUAAUUACAAACCAUUGUUAGCGAACCAGAAAAAAUUGAAAGAUGCAGCCAACAUUUUUUAAAAGCUUUUUUUUCCUGAAGACACAUUCCAUCGGACAAGGCUCUUGACUGUGUCAGGAAGCCUCAGUCCAAAUGUCUCAUUUGUGUAUGUAACGGAUCGCCUGAAUGUUCAGUUUACAUGAAAAGGGAAAUGAAUGUACCGUGUGGGGAUCGUACAUUGAAUAGUGCAAUUACAUUUUUUUUCCACAAAAGGAAAGGAAAGGAACAAGUGAACAUUAGGUGUGUACCUGUUAUGUGUUUUAUUUUGCUUUGAAACACACCUCAGCUGGUUAGUAACAGAAUGGGUUUUGGUGGCAUUCUUUUUUCUUUCUCUGUUUCUUUCUUUCUCCGAAGAGGUCCACAAAACAAAUAAACCAUUGUAGCCACAUUU